CCUGAGCCAACAACCUCCUGACGCGUCGUGCCAAACCAUUCAUUUUACAUCCGACCUCCUCUCUGCCCAACCCACGAAAACCUUCAUUUUCUUUACAGACCGGCCAUAAACGACGGAUACUCUCAUACUAUUACUGAUACUGAGCGAUACUGAGCGACAACCCGCCGCCCCUAUGUCGGAUUUUGAUCUCAAUUCCGGGAGGAUUGCCCCUCCAAUGUCUGGCUCUAUUCGAAGCUCCUCGGUGCGACCACGGGGACCACCGUCUGAAAGCCUUGCACCUCAGAGUGACGAUGAAGGGUUUGCGGAUGACCAAGUUCCUACGGGAAUAGCACGACCUAGGAACAUCCAUGAUCGCCCAAUACCUCGGGUUGAGGACAAAGUCGGUCUAUCAGUGCAGAGCAAUUUCGAAACAUUUCUUGAAAAAUUUGAGGAAGAACCGUCACCCUCAGCUGCACCAGUGUCUAGCAAUGCGACCGUGGGCAAUUACUACUAUAUCGCACAGAUACACGGCCUGAGGAUAUAUCAACUCUCGACGCUGUACAUUGACUAUAACCAUAUGAAGCAGUUUUCUGGAAAUCUUGCAGAUGCCAUAGUCAACGACUACUACAGAUUUCUUCCAUUCUUAACCAAAGGCUUACACAACUUGAUCGCGAAAUACGAGUCAAGAUAUUUCAAGGAGCAUCGCCAGCCAACCGUCUCCAGCAAUCAGGCUUCUUCCGCAGCGGGCAAUGUCGCUUCCGAAAGUCUGUCCGACUUUCAAGGAGACAAAACUAGCAACCAACAGACAGACAAACUCUUUGCAAUCGCAUUUUACAAUUUGAGUCAUGUUGACAGGGUUAGAAGUUUACGAACAGCCCAUAUCGGCCAGCUUCUAUCGAUAUCUGGCACUAUUACCAGAACGUCAGAGGUUCGCCCGGAGCUUUCCCUAGCUACAUUUACUUGUGAAGCCUGCCGGAUGGUGGUGCCAAAUAUUGAGCAGACAUUCCGGUACACUGAGCCGACACAAUGCCCGAAUCAAAACUGCGGUAAUCGCCAGGGGUGGCGCCUAGACAUCAGGCAAAGUACAUUCGUGGAUUGGCAGAAAGUGAGGGUUCAAGAGAAUAGCUCAGAAAUUCCAACAGGCAGUAUGCCCAGGACGUUGGAUGUCAUCCUCCGCGGAGAAAUUGUUGAUCGGGCGAAGGCAGGAGAGAAAUGCAUCUUCACGGGCGCAUUAAUAGUUGUUCCAGAUGUCAGCCAACUCGGGCUCCCGGGUGUUCGGCCAACAGCUGUACGGGACGACAAAAACGCGCCCAGAAGCGGAGAUGCUGGAGGGACUGGUGUUACUGGUCUUAAAGCUCUCGGUGUUCGGGAUCUUACAUAUAGGCUAGCCUUCUUGGCCUGUAUGGUAACUCCUGACACCUCGACGCCUGGCUCGGUUACAAGCCAGCAAUUAUAUGGCCAAGCUAGUAACAUUCUGGCAUCACUUAAUCAGACGGCACCCAUCGACCCAAAUGAGUCUGGCGACCUUGCCCAAGAGGCUGUCCUUGCGUCCAUGACAGACGCAGAAAUUGCCGAACUUCGCGAAAUGGUUCACAGUGGCCAUAUUUAUUCGCGUUUAGUGGACUCCAUUGCCCCCAUGGUUUACGGUCAUACCAUAGUCAAAAAGGGACUGCUAUUGCAGCUUUUGUCUGGUGUGAGCAAAUCCACUCCCGAGGGCAUGCAACUCAGAGGCGAUAUCAACAUCUGUAUCGUUGGAGAUCCUUCGACAUCUAAGUCUCAAUUCCUUAAGUAUAUCUGCUCAUUCCUCCCAAGAGCUGUAUAUACAUCGGGCAAGGCCUCCUCGGCUGCCGGUCUUACAGCCGCCGUUGUGAAGGACGAGGAAACUGGAGAAUUCACAAUUGAAGCAGGAGCUCUUAUGCUUGCAGAUAAUGGUAUUUGUGCCAUUGAUGAGUUUGAUAAGAUGGACAUAAGCGACCAAGUCGCCAUCCAUGAGGCCAUGGAACAGCAAACCAUCUCGAUUGCCAAGGCAGGUAUCCAGGCGACCCUGAACGCGAGAACAUCUAUUCUUGCCGCUGCCAAUCCAGUUGGUGGAAGGUACAAUCGGAAGACAACUCUUCGAGCAAAUAUCAACAUGUCCGCACCUAUCAUGUCUCGCUUCGACCUGUUCUUUGUUAUCCUCGACGAAUGCAAUGAGGCUACUGAUCGUCACUUGGCUGAACACAUCGUUAAAAUCCAUCAAUUCCGCGAUGAGGCUGUAGAGCCAGAAUUCACAACGGAACAACUUCAGCGAUACAUCCGAUUUGCGAGAACGUUCAAGCCCGAGUUCAACGAUGAGGCCAGGGAGCUAUUGGUUCAAAAAUAUAAGGAACUGAGAAGCGAUGACGCCCAAGGGGGUAUUGGUAGAAACAGUUACAGAAUUACAGUCAGGCAGCUGGAGUCAUUGAUUCGUCUGUCAGAGGCCAUCGCUAAGGCGAAUUGUGUUGGUGAGGUUACUGCUGCGUUUGUGACGGAAGCUUUCGAUCUCCUGAGACAGAGUAUCAUCAGUGUCGAAAAGGACGACGUGGAUGUCGACGAUGAAGAAGAAGAUCUAGCAGGAACCUUGGGUGGUCCUACCGAUGUCGAAGGCGAUGCAGCCAUGGAAGACGCCGAUGGGCGCGAGGCAGGAGCAGACGGACAGCGCCCAAAAACCAAGAUUACACACGAUAAGUACUUGAAGAUUCUGAAGAUGAUUGCUCGGCGUAUCGAAGAGGAAGAGUUGGCCACCGGGAAUGGUGUUGAAGGCGAAGUCCUUAUUAGGUGGUAUCUCGACGAGAUUGAGGACGAAAUGAACAAUGAGGAAGACUUUCAUUAUGAGACGAAUAUAGCGAGGAAGGUUCUCAAGAAACUGAUCAGGGAAAAUACUCUCAUGGCGGUCCGUGGGGACGGCCUUCUUCCUGAGGAUGGAGAGGAAGACUCUGCACCUGCUGACCAGGUUGCUUACGUUAUGCAUCCUAACUAUGCAUCUGAUGAAAUAGAGCUUAAACAGUCAAAAAGGUAAUCCAGUGGCUGUAUUUCCGGGGCUAUGCCAACGAAUAUGAUACAUGGGAUUUGAGAGGGCGUUAUGAGUAAUUCAUGGGUGCUUGGAUGAAUGGGACGAUCUUUCAAUUUGUGUAGAGGGUGAACUUUGUGUUCGGUAUUAUCUUUAUACUCAUGUCUUGAUGAUUCCAUUGACAGUUGGGACUAGGCUCAGGCUUCAAUGAUCAGGUUACAUUUUACAUAUUAUUCCGCUCCCAUUGAGGAAUUUGUGAUUUAGCUUUGGUGGAAUAAUUAGUGACGUGAUAGUUCUGAUUUGGCGAGACUAUUAAAUUAUUUAGUUAUUAAUUCGCCAG